GGUUGUCCCCCCCGCCUGGUACUCGCCCCUUGUCCUUCCCCCUCGCCCGGCUCCACAACCAGCCCGGAGCCCCCGGCAGGCAGCACUACUCGCAACGCAACUGACAGCUGCGACUGACUCGAUUGAGGGGGAAAGAUGGAGCACAGAGACGCCGACUUCAACAUCCUGUUGGCCACCGACUCCUACAAGGUGACACAUUACAAGCAGUACCCUCCAAACACCAGCAAAGUGUAUUCCUACUUUGAGUGUCGGGAGAAGAGGACCGACCCUGGCAAGAACCGAAAGGUUAAAUAUGACAAGACCGUCUUCUAUGGACUGCAGUACAUCCUCCACAAAUACCUGAAAGGGAAAGUGGUGACUCCAGAGAAGAUCCAGGAGGCCAAGGAAGUCUACAGAGAACAUUUCCAGGAUGACGUAUUCAACGAGAAGGGCUGGAACUACAUCCUUGAGAAAUAUGAUGGACACCUUCCCAUCGAGAUCAAAGCAGUGCCGGAGGGCAGUGUGAUUCCUCGAGGGAAUGUCCUGUUCACAGUGGAGAGCACCGAUCCUGAGUGCUACUGGCUCACCAACUGGGUGGAGACCAUCCUGGUUCAGAUCUGGUAUCCUGUCACUGUGGCGACCAACUCCAGAGAGCAGAAGAAGAUUCUAGCCAAAUACCUGCUGGAGACUUCUGGAAACCUGGAGGGUCUCGAGUACAAGCUGCACGACUUUGGCUACCGCGGGGUCUCGUCCCAGGAGACUGCAGGGAUAGGCGCCUCUGCACACCUGGUCAACUUCAAAGGCACAGACACAGUGGCUGGCAUCGGAGUCAUCAAAAAGUACUAUGGAACAAAAGACCCAGUGCCAGGAUUCUCUGUCCCGGCAGCAGAACACAGCACCAUCACAGCGUGGGGCAAAGACCAUGAGAAGGACGCAUUUGAGCACAUCAUCAAACAGUUUCCUGGCGUACCCGUCUCCAUUGUCAGCGACAGCUAUGACAUCUACAAUGCCUGCGAGAAGAUUUGGGGGGAGGACCUGCGGGCGCUGAUUGAGACCCGCGGAGCCGAUGCUCCACUCGUGGUCCGACCUGACUCGGGGAACCCGCUGGACACGGUUCUGAAGGUUCUGGAGAUUCUGGGGAAAAAGUUUCCUCCAGAGGAGAACUCUAAAGGUUUCAAAGUUCUACCUCCAUACAUUCGUGUGAUCCAGGGAGACGGCGUUGACAUCAACACACUGCAGGAGAUUGUCGAGGGCAUGAGGCAGCACCGGUGGUCCAUCGAGAACAUCGCCUUUGGUUCUGGAGGAGCCCUGCUACAGAAACUGACUCGGGAUCUUCUAAACUGUUCUUUCAAGUGCAGCUAUGUGGUCACAAAUGGACUCGGGGUGAACGUGUUCAAGGACCCAGUCGCUGACCCCAACAAACGCUCAAAGAAAGGUCGCCUGUCACUUCACCGGACACCAAGCGGAGACUUUGUCACCCUGGAGGAGGGGAAGGGUGACCUUGAGGAUGAGUACGGCGAGGACCUUCUGCACACUGUCUUUCAGAACGGCAGGAUCGUGAAGACGUACACGUUCGACCAAGUCAGAGACAAUGCUAAGCUCAAGGAGAGUGAGCUGGAUGAGCUACUGCAGUGAAGGCAGCAACCCUCACAACCCCCUGCCCCUUCCCCUGAACUCCCCAGUGAACCUGUCUUGACCUCCUGACCUCUGGUGCACUGCAAACAGAACUUCCUUAAAACGUUCCUGACUCACUGAAGAUUCACAAAAGACUGUUGAGAUUCGUAAUCUUGCAGUUGACAGCAGCGUGCGUGUGUGUGUGCGUGUGCGCGCGUGUGUUUUCUUGUGGGAAAUUCAUUCCUCAUACAAUGGAGAGAGGGUGUGGUUAAAGAGAUUUGAUUUCAAGCUUAAAUGACCAAAAUUUAAUUAGAUUUUUUCUGGUACUUGUUGCCUUAUUGGGGUAGCAGGGCCUGGACACCAUGUCAUGCUCGCUACGGCUACAUACUCGACGCUCAUCUCUUUGGGCACUGUACAAAGGUGAAACAUCCACCCAGGAGGCUAUUGCUUGUCUGCUGUGUCGCCCAGUGCUGCGUUGCGUCGUGUCGUAACCAUGAAAUCUCAAUAUAGGGUCAGAGUCUUCACAUGAAGUCUCAAAAUGGAAAUUAACUAUCAUCGUCCACUGCUGAGCGAUCAUGAAAAAUGCUGUAGGCGCUGACUGAUCGACCCUCACUUAUAUUCCAUUUUUAAGAUCUACAUAACAAACUGUCUUCACAUUGCUGCACAACUGUUUACUGAUGUUGUCUAAAACCCAUACAAAGAUAUCUUUCCUGAUUCAUGCCAACUUUCCAUUGCCCUAAAUGAACGACGUUUCUUCGCCUCUGGGAGGACGAGACGUUCCCAGGUCAAAUGGUUUUAUAGGUUUCCUUUUAGUCUUUUAAUGGAGUUGAUGGCACAAAAUACUCUGCCAAACUAUCCAACGUUUAAUUCAACUUUACCAUAUGGUCUCUCAGCUUGGUUUCCACACUGAUGAAAGGUUCUGUCGACGACUGAUGUUAUUAUUGAUGCCAACAUUUGUAAUCACUGAAACGUGUGUAUGUGCGUGUGAUAUGUGUUUGUGCGUUACUUUUAAAGUUUUGAGGGUAAGUUUUGCUCAGAACGAUGGAAGUGAUUAUUCCCUGCGUCACUGCCUUGACGCCUUGGUGUGUGCAUCGAUUCGAGUGUUUCCUGCGACAGUUUUCCACAAUUUGGUUGGCCAGUCGAUGCUAGCCAAGAAAGAAAUGCAUCACCGCCUCAGAUGAGGUGCUAGCUGGCGCUGUAGGACGACUGCUGAAUAGUACUGGUUGCUCUGUUACUGACCUUCAUAUUCCGCUGCCUAAACAAGUGCUUUUUUUUUAAUUGAAGCUUGCUUUUUUUUCCGUGCUUAAAUCAUGAACAUUGACACAUAAACUCACGUGAACGUUACUGGGGGUUGUCACUAGAGGGCGCUCUCUCAAAUGGUAGCCAUGACGAUGUUGCCUAGCAGCACAGAAAUAAACCCUGCAGAAUCUGUUGACUGCUAAGAGCCAAAAGCCAAACUGCCUUCCCACCUGUACGUGAGCUUUUCCUCUCCGAUAGAUUCCCAUCAAUUCCCAAUUGAAUGGAAAAUGUUGAAUGCCAAGAAUCGCCACUUCAUUUAUUUGUCAUUUACUUGUGUGUAUUUGUUGAUGGAUCCAGAAGUUUCCCGACUGAUGUUUUCAUUGUGUCAACAUGGAUUAAAGACGCCGUGCUGUCACUGA